AUGAUGCAGAUAUCAAUGCUAAAGACCCCUCUUCAUUAUGCAGCCAGUAAUAAUAGUAAAGAAACUGCAGAAAUUCUUAUUUCAAAUGGAGCAGAUAUCAAUGCUAAAGACAAAAAUAGAUGGACCCCUCUUCAUUAUGCAGCCAGUAAUAAUAGUAAAGAAAUUGCAGAAAUUCUUAUUUCAAAUGGAGCAGAUAUCAAUGCUAAAGACAAAAAUGGACGUACAUGA